AUGGGCGCGCGCCCCUCGGCCUGUGCGCGCCCCCCGGCCCGGACUUGGACGCGGCGGAGAGAGGACGGCGGGGAGGACCCCCGGGCCGCGCGCGAGCGGGAAGAAGCGAUCGCCCAGUUUCCCUACGUGGAGUUCACCGGGCGGGACAGUGUCACCUGCCUCACCUGCCAGGGCACGGGCUUCAUCCGCGCGGAGCAAGUGAAUGAGCUGGUGGCUUUGAUCCCACACAGUGACCAGAGAUUGCGCCCUCAGAGAACUAAGCAGUACGUUCUUCUGUCCGUUCUUCUCUGUCUCCUGGCCUCUGGUUUGGUGGUGUUCUUCCUGUUCCCACAUUCAGUCCUCGUGGAUGAUGGCGGCAUCAAAGUGGUGAAGGUCAUAUUUAAUAAGAAGGACUCCCUCGUAAUCCUCACCGUCAUGGCCACACUGAAAAUCAGAAAUUCCAACUUCUAUCCUGUGGCACUGACCAGCCUGUCCAGCCAGGUCCAGUACAUGAACACAGUGGUUGGCACACACACAACAACUAGCGUCUCCCUCAUUCCUCCUCGGAGCGAGCAUAUGGUGAAUUUUACCAUGGAAGCUGAGAUGGGAAGACAGUACUCCUAUGUGUACUUCCUAUGCACGCUGCCUGACCUCUUGGUGCACAGCAUACUGAUCUUCAUGCAAACAUCCGUGAAGAUUUCCUACAUUGGCCACGUGACGCAGAGCUCCUUGGAGACCCAUCACUACGUGGAUUGUGGGGCCAAUUCCACAAGUGCUUGAAAACUGCUCUUGGUUCAUCCAUGGCGGCACCUGUCCGAUGAGACUGACGCCAUGGCUGUAGCCGGGGCCUGCGUUGACGUCCCGACCCAGGUGGUCUAAGUGAAGAGAAAUAGGGUCCCCUCUUCCCCAGCAAGCGUCUUCUUGCUUCUUGGGAGGAAAUCUCCCUCCGUGUCCACUAACCUUCCUCAGCAGCUGCACUGCCCGGCCCUUCUCCUGUCCCCAGCAAACAGUGCAAGGAGAAUAGGAGCGUUUGAGGUUGGCUGAAUGUAAUGCGGUCAGCUUGGUUCCGAAUAGGAAUCACGUGUUAUCCAAUCAUCCAUCGUGGUGCCGCUGCAGAAUUGCUGUCAGGGUCUUGUCUGCACAGAAGAGGCAGCAGGAAGGAAGCACUUGAAUGAAGAAAGCACAGACCACGGAACAUGUGAAUUUUUUCAUCUGCUUCAACUUGUCUAAGCAGCUUUAAAGACAGGUUUUUUUUUUCCCUCUGUAGAAAGUUAACAGUUGUUUUUAUCAAGAGUCUACCUGAGGCUUGAUUUGCCCUUUAUCCAUUGGCUGGAACAUGGAUCGGGGAUGUGGUCGGAAAAUAAAGCCUGCUUUUGAUUCA